CAGGCUGACGUCACCGCCCAUUGCAGCCGGAGCUGGGUUGGGUGCCGGACGGACUGACGGACGGACGGGUGGGGCUGUCAGGGAGCAGCGAUGGACGACUUCCAGGCCGCUGAUGAGGUUGCCUUCAACGUGGAUGAAACUAACAAUGUCGUCAAAGAGUGCAUCGACAAUAUUAUUGGAGGGGUUGAUUAUAAUCACAGCAAGAUCAAUCAUUGGACUGCUGCUGUAGUUGAACAAUCCCUGAUGCAUUUGGUAAAAAUGGGAAAGCCAUAUAAAUAUAUUGUGACCUGUGCAGUAAUGCAGAAAAGUGGGGCUGGUCUCCACACAGCAAGUUCAUGUUACUGGGACAGCAGCACUGAUGGAAGCUGCACCGUGAGAUGGGAAAACAGGACCAUGUAUUGUGUUGUCAGCGUGUUUGCUGUCAGCAUUAUGCUGUGACGUAAAGGAAAAUCUGUAUGCAUCAUCUUUCCGAGGUAACAAGUCUUAAAGAAGAUGCACAUAACAAAAGCAAGACCAUUUAUAUGUGAUAUAGGGCUAACAUAUAUUCUGUGAUUAAGUUAUGAUAGCAUGUAUAUGAGUAUGAAUUAAAGCUGCAACCAGUUUCUUAAGGCAAUAUCUUGCUUAAUUUAUGGUGUUCCUAGUGGACUUGCGACUCUUAAAACAUCAUUGUUACCAGCUGUAGCAUCUGCUUGAAUUAUAUCAGGAAUUGGCAAUGGUAUUGUUGAGAUUUUAUGUAUUAAAUUGUUACUUUUUCAUAAUUGCUCUGGCAUUUGAGUGAGCUGUGCAGUAUUAAAAUGUAUUCUAAUUGGCAGCUGGCCGGGUCAAUUUGAGUAACUAUCUCUUGCUUAAUUGACUCUCACAGUUCUGAACAUUUAUAUUGUAUUGGACUAUUUCCUCUACUAUGUUAAAAUACGAGUAUCGCAGAAUUUGCAUUUUUUUAGCAUUGUUUAUCUUUAAAGUCAUAUUUAGAGCCUAAUGUUUCCACAAAAUUUAACAAUCAAAUAAAAUCCAUUUUUUAUUAUUGCAGCAAUGAAUUUGCUGAGUAUUUAUGACCAAGAAUGAAGUUUCAAAUUUCUGACUGUUGACAAUACAAAACUUGUUUUUUGAAUUCAAUGGGUGUUUAAAAACAUCCUGGGACUCUGAAAUCUAGUGCUUGAGUCACUCCCAACUGCCUCUAUCUGAUUGGUCUCUUGUAACUGUCACUACCAAUGUAAAAGUUACAUGUUUUAAGCACUAAACAGUCAGUCCCAAUAUCAUUGCAGGCUAAAUUGGAUUUGUAGCCCUGCACUGGUGAUUUGAUUAUAAAACAGGAUAUUUGUGCUGCUUUGUGUCAUCAAACUGUAUCAGGCCUGAUGCACUAAAAUAGUUUCAAUGUUUUUGCUUGGAUAGAUGCAUGAUUGCUUAUAAUUAAAACAUAACUUUAAGUUCUUCCAUAAAUAAAACUGUCUAAUUACAGAGCCUUUUCAAAAGGAAUCUGUUCAAACUAACUUGGUUGGAAAACUGUUGAUGUUUUCUCUUACCAAAGCAACCAAAGGAGAUUAGGUUUGCUCCAUCUGUAAGAGUGCUACUCAAUAAAAUAUUGAAUGGAGGAAGGACUACAACUUAAACAGUUCAUUUGGAUUAAAGUUGGGUUAAAUGUGUUCAAAAUGUGGAGUAUUUUGUUGUUCAUUUUGUAAAUACAUUGAAAAGGGUGUACAUUUGAAUUUUUCAAUGCACAGAAUUAUCCUAAACUAAAUUUUAAUCCUGUUUUCAUUUUGUUUAUAGAGAACUUCAUUGAGAAUUUUGCAAAGCUGGGAAAAAGAAAAAUAGUUUCUGAUGAAUGAUCUAACCAGAACACUAAUUUUAUUUCUCUUCCCUAGAGGCUGCCUAACUGGCUAAAUGAAUUGUACUUUUGUUUUGGACUUCUGUCAUCGGCAAUGUUGUUUUCUGUAAAUAUGAGAGACUGGUCAAUUCUUGCUUUUACAGCACAAUUUGUCAAAAUUAACCUGACUUUGAUACAAGUCACGUGCAAGAACAUGGGCUAGUUUGCACAAAAAGUCAUUUAUUGUGUAGCCUUACAAAAGGUGUUAAAUUAUGUUAAACAUUUAAUUCCUGUUAAUAUAGCCAAAAGCAGAGUUAUUAAAGAAUAGUCAUUUUGAUCCUUAAAUCUUGACUGAUCCAUCAUAUUUAUUUUUGCCAUUUGAUUCCCUAAAUUCUUGCUCCAUUAUUGUAUUGUAUUUAUGUGAUUAGUCUUAACUGUCCAACAGAUCUUAUAACCCAUCGUUUCCGGUUGUUGCUGGAAACCCAGCAGUCAUUGGCAGUGCCUAGAGGUCUAGAUUUGCAAUCUGAAUGAAGAUGUGUAAUACAAUGAUAAAGCUUUUGAGGGACUAAAAGCAUAAAGCUAAUUAUGUUGUAAUUAAGUGCUAUUUUGCUGCAAAAUAAUAAAACCUAGAAUACUGCUAUUUUGUAAAGAAUGGCAUUCUGAUUAUUUAUGGAUGUUUAUGAUUACCUUUAAAAUACAUUGGUUUACUUUGUUUCUGUACAUAGUUUUCUGCUGAAGCCAUAAACUACAUAAGCUUGCAAUAUGUAUUGAUGUAUUUUCAUUUAAGUUUGUAUAGAUGAUAACUGAACAUUUAUUCAUCUUGCAACCACAAGAAUUGGCAUUUACUUCAGUUCACUGAUGGUUGUACCUUGAUCUAGCAUGUGCUUUUACUUGAACCUAUUUCAAAUAUUCUACAAAAGCUGCAGCAGUGACCUUGGAAAGGAACACCACAGCUGCUUUUAGUUUUUGUUAUAUGGCGAAGUUAGAGUAUCACUGAUAACAUUAAGAAACUUGGAUUUCUCAAUAAAAAAAAAUGAAGACAA